UUGGAGUCACCAGAAUGCGGUCGUCUUUUGUAUAUAACAAACGUGGAGUGAGGUAUUAAAAUACGGAGCCUUGGUGCCGAAACAACUCCUUUUUAUGCUGCUUUUCACAAGUAUUCAUGAAAAAAACACAAAGGUGUCUAAACCAAGUUCCAUAAUGGUCGUUGUGAAGUGUUUGGUUCAGCGAUUCGGGGUGAGCGGGUAGUCAACUUUUACAAAAACUUCAAAGUAAAACCAACUCAACAACCCGACCAGGACUUGCUUGAAAUCCUGUUGAAACUUGGUGACAGCAGUGGGUGACAGAGCGCUUGAUCAUCUGUUUCAUUCCUGAUUUCUUCCCUUGUUUGUUUCUAUGUAAACAGUCGGACUGAACCAGCAGAUUCAUUCGCAGUUUUUAAAUUUCAUCUUGCGUACCUGUGCUAUAUUGACUGGAGAUUUUCAGCGCGGGGACUAUGCUGUCAGUUUUCGCAUUGACGGCUGCGAGACAACCAACAGGUGGUUACGGGUUAAAGAUGACCGAGGAUAGACGCGCUAUCACGGGGGAGAAAGCUGCUACUGAUCGCGAGGACAAAAUCCACUACACGGAGUUUGGAGAGGGAGAUGAUAUCCAAGGGGAUACGGGAGAUGAUCGGAGGGAAAUAGGGCCACUUGACGGUCAGGAUGGAGGGGGAAGCGAAGGGGAUGAAGCUGGGUCUAGUAACACAUUGUCCCCAGACGAUGAGAUGCGAAUCCAGCAACGUAGAGAGCGAAACCGUUUGGCCGCUGCACGGUGCAGGGACAGGCGGAGGCAGCGGGCUGCUGGACUGGUUCAGGAAUCCGAUAAUCUUGAGGGCCAGAAUGAUAAAUUGAUGGAAGACAUCGCUCAGUUGGAAAAGGAGAAGCGAAAACUGGAAGAAACACUCAGACAUCACUUGCCGAAGUGUGCGCUUCAAAGACGACCCCCACCCACCCAACAACGACACAAUCCACCACUACAUCAAGUUGAUGAUCAGCAACAAUUGCCAUCCCAUCGACACGCUCAUCAACAUCAGCCUUAUUCACAACAAUAUCAGCAACAUCAACUACUUCAACAACAGCAGAUCAGUCAGGUUCACUGCCAUCCACAACCACACUGUCAACUUCAUCAGCAAUCCCAUUGUCAACCAAAUCAACGAUAUGACUCUCAAUAUCAACAACAUCAACUACAAAGCCAUCAACAAGCGCUGCCAUUGAACCAGAGGUCUGUGGAGGGCCAACCGUCAACAUAUCCACUAGUUUCAAACCAGUUUUGUUAAGAACUACACGCUUAUCAUUUUCAACGAAUCACAUUUAGUCUCUUAUUUCCAAAUUGUAAUAAUUCACUCUGUUCGAGAGAAAAUUAUGGAACUGAGGAACAGUAUUUCCAUCAAAAAGAUCGAGUUACUAGAAUUUCCACUGAAGUGAUUGUUUUUCGAGCUUUUUCGAUCUAAAACUAGAGUUUUUCUUCAAAAUUUCUAGUAGGAUAGAUUCAUUCUUUGGAAGUUAAAAGUGAACGAAAACUCUUCUCGAUAUUGCCCACCGUAUAUAAAUAUGGCUUAUUUUCAAAAUGGCAAGUUGUGCUGAAAAUUAAUCAUAUAGCCUAUGGGGAUUAAUCUAAAGUUGCAUGCCCGUGCUCUUAAAAAUAAGAAUGGAUUUCUCUUUCUCCUAACGAUUUUUCAAUUUGUAUGUUUUGUUCUAACGAAACUUUAUUCAGAUUGCAAGCGGCUGCAGCCCUCUAACCAUGGUUUCAUUUUGCCCACAACCGUAACCCGCCCCGCGAGAGCCGACAUAUUCUCUGGCAGCCAAUAAUACAUUUUUUAAGAAUUAAUUCAUCACUAAACUUCGGUCGAUUUUUUUUCGUUCGAUGUCUCAUUAUAUUGUAAGGAAAAAAACAAUCAUACAACAAAUCUAUUUUUCAAGGUGAAACUUGCAAAUGGCACGGGAACACAUCUUUAACGAUCGACUUGAAAAUUGAUUUGUAGACCUGUCCUAUUGACGGAACUCCGCCAUUUGUCUAGACAUUAGAAUAGAAUUGAUUUCAUAUACGAAUUGCAUAAUUUGUAUGAAAAAACAAGUUUGUUUGCAUUCCAUUGUGUACACAAAGGACCAUGCUUCCCUUUUGUUCUUCUGAAGACUUCUGUUGAUAGUAUUUAUAACUUUUUGAUUUUCAAGAUGCAUACACGGUUUUCCAUUGAGGAUUGCUCAUAUAAUACUUGAUGACGUGUUGUCCAUUUUACGCAAUUUAUUUUGUUCUGAGUCCUGGCCUCGAGUUUAGCUAAAAACUAAGCUAAAACUGGUUCCAUCUUAAUGUCCAUAGAUAUUGCCAACGAGGUAUGAAAACAAAACACCUAGUUACUUCUGUAAUCUAGGGAUUACCCAGUUCUAAAAUAAACCAAAGAAUAAGCAAAAACCCCACAUUCCACUAAAUCUAGAAUGUGGAGCAAGCCUUUGCGGAUGUGGGUUGGUUUUAAAUUUGGAAGUGCUCUGUGUAUUUCCGACAGGUAUUAUCAAUUGUAAAGAAUGUCGGGUUGAAUUAAAACAGAAAGUAUUACAGAUUUGAAUACUUUCCUCUUCGGAACAUCCUAUUAAGAAUUGGAAUGUUGAAGAGGAAGCGUACAUUUCUAUUUAAAGAACACCAGCCGGAACAAUUAAUCUAUGUUUUAAAAUUUCCUCAAAUGCACUUUUCCUUUUUUUCUCGAAUUCCUUGGUGUGAAACCAAAACAAAUAUCAUUUUAAUUGAAAACUCUAAAUUAUGAAAGCCAGUGGGCCUAUACGCAAAUUAUUCCCAGCUUGUAUAACUUUGGAAUAAGUAUAUCAGGUGUAUUAAGCAUUAUGUCACAAUAUUGUGUAUGAAUAUUAUGUAUAGAAAGAUAAAAUGAAUAAAUAUAUCUCUAUUCCACCUUUAAUACA